AUGGACGGCUCGCUCCUCAACUCUGGAACUGCCCCAGGAGAAGAAGCAAAGCGCAGAGGCAGUCAAGAAGGCUGCGCUCCAGAGGUUGAGGGACCAUGCAGCUCGAAAGGGCGGGCGAUGCAUGUCAACGGAGUACACGAACAGCACGACGAAAGUCGAGUGGGAGUGCAAAUGUGGGCACAGGUGGGAGGCCACGCCGGACCAUGUGCUGAACCAGGGGAGCUGGUGCCCUCGCUGCGCCAUCAGCAAACAACGGCUCAGCUUGCGCCGGUACAGGAGCAAGCGAUGAAGAGAGGUGGCAGGUGCUUGUCCGACGAGUACCGGAACAAUAAUACCAAGGUUCGCUGGCAGUGCAAGCUGGGACACACCUGGGAGGCGACAGCGGCAAAUGUUCUGAGCAAUGGGACCUGGUGCCCUGAGUGCGCCCGCGCAACGAGAUCACAGUCCAAGCGCAAAACCUUGCAGGACUUGCAGGAGCACGCCGCUGCCCGUGGCGGCAAGUGCUUGGCUGCCAAAUAUGCUGGAGUGAUAGUGAAAGUUUCUUGGCAGUGCGAGAAAGGCCACGUUUGGCAAGCGAGGGCAGGCAGUGUGUUGAACCAGAAGUCCUGGUGCCCAGUCUGCGCGCAGAAUGUACCACUGGGAUUGGAGCGACUUCGGAGCCACGCUGCCCGCCUUGGUGGACAGUGCCUGGCCGAGGACUACAAGAAUGCUCACACCAAGGUGCGGUGGAAGUGCGGCUCCGGCCAUGUAUGGCAAGCAACUGCGCACAAUGUCAUCAUCAAUGGCACCUGGUGCCCCGAGUGCCGGAAGAUUGGCCUGGCGCGUCUUCAGGAGCACGCCGCGUCGUUGGGUGGGAGGUGCCUGUCCAGGUCGUAUAGCAACGGCACUGUCAAGCUUCUUUGGGAAUGCCAGCUUGGUCACAGGUGGAAAGCGAGUGCUGCCAACAUCCUGCAUGGAAAGACCUGGUGCCCAAAAUGUGCGACCGCCAUCUGGAAGACGGAAGCUGAGGUCCGAAGCAUUCUGGAAGCCAUCUUCGAUCCCGCAAGGUUUGAGUCGUCCUCCCCAACAUUUCUGCGAGGGUUGCAGUUGGACGGCUACUGUGCCGAACUAUGUUUGGCGUUCGAGUACCAGGGGGAGCAGCACUUCGAUCCUGAUAACUACUUCCAUUUCGGCGACUCCACCAGCUUUCAGAGCCAGCUGGAGAGGGAUGCGAGAAAGCGCCAGCUUUGUGAAGAGGCCGGCGUGCGGCUGGUGCUAGUGCCAUGUUUUGCUGUCGACAAGCGCCUUUUUGUGCUUACGGCACUGCUUCAAUGGUACUCCAUCGCUGAGAUCACGUCCCCGAUGUUGCCAGCUGAUGAUAAUUAG